AUGGCCUCCGCAAAUCCCCGCAGGCCGCUAUUGCCGUUACCGCUGUUUCUGGCGGCGCAAACAUGCUCAGCUGUCAAUAGCAUUGACUGCAACAGCAACAACACGCCUAUCUUCGAUCUAAGCUCACCCAAGUACUUCCAGCUGAGCUAUCAGCCCAAAUCGAAUACCUCUGUUGCGGGAGCCAGCUACUAUGAGACCGGUGCAGAUGCGAAGACUGCUGCGUCCUUCUGGUAUAUUGACUUCAAUGACGAUAUCAUCAACUCGUACCAGCAAUGCAGCCUCGCCACAGGCGAGUUCGUGUCGUCAGGCGUCGACGAGUUGAUCUCUGCCGGUAUGCCCAAGCCGGCGAAGGACACCAGCUUGUCGGUCGUUCUCGUGGGUGCUUCGGAGGACCACAGGAUAUACUACCAUGAUACCGACAAGAAUCUUCAACAGAUCCUCUACAAUCCAAGCUUCUAG